CGGAGAAGAAGAAGACGAAGGAGGAGAAGGAGGAGGAGGACGGUGGACUCGCUAACGACGGCGAACGUCCUCGAGGGUGCGAGAUACCAGCACCAGCAACACGAGCGACGACGAUGAUCGUGACAGGCGGCGAACGACGUACAUGCUGUUGGAGGAGGAGGCGGCGAUUCGCGGUUGCGGUACUGGCCUCGGCCCUGCUGACCCUAGCGAUCGGUCCCGCGUCGAUCGAGGGGCACAGGCCAGCGCCGAUCAUUCUGCAAACGAGUAGCAACAAGACAAGUACGCCCCUGUUGGCCCACUCGGCGAACGGUACUUGGCCUCCACCGAACGGAAACGAGAACAACAACGAAGCCGACCUACGCGCGGAGGACGGAUACAACAGCACCAUUCAUCAUCACCAUCACAAGAAGGUCGGCGGCAACAUGACCGAGGAAAAGGCGCCUCUCUUCCCCCAAGAUCUCUUCACCGUCCAUCAACGGCGACGCGGUGCCGUGAUUCUCCACGUAAUCGGUGUUGUGUACAUGUUUGUCGCUUUGGCGAUCGUUUGCGACGAGUUCUUCGUGCCGUCUCUCGACGUGAUCAUCGAGAAACUCGAGAUCGCCGACGACGUUGCGGGUGCUACCUUCAUGGCGGCCGGUGGUUCGGCCCCCGAACUUUUCACAUCGAUAAUCGGCGUGUUCGUGUCGUUCGACGAUGUCGGUAUCGGCACUAUCGUCGGCUCCGCCGUAUUCAAUAUUCUCUUCGUGAUUGGCAUGUGCGCUAUAUUCUCGCGUACCGUGCUCUCCCUCACAUGGUGGCCUCUGUUCCGCGAUUGCACCUUUUAUAGCGCCAGUCUGCUCACCCUGAUCUAUUUCUUCCGCGAUAAUUAUAUUCACUGGUACGAGGCCCUCGUACUCUUCGGAUUCUACUUGGCUUACGUGAGCUUCAUGAAGUGGAACCAACCGAUGGAGAAGCUCGUCAAGAGAGUGCUUCACAGAAAUAAGGUGACCCGGGUGAGGUCUACCGAUCAGCUGAUGCCCUCGCACCAGAGCGCCGCCCAGGCAUUGCAGCAUCCGAACGCGACGAACAGUAGCGAGACGAGCGUGGGUGGCGUGUCGGGUGCAUGCGGAAGCAGCGGCAUACCGGCGGGUGGAGAGGCCGGGUGCAGCAGCAGAGGUGGCAGCAGCAGUGGUGCCGGUGGCACGGCCGGACAGGGCUGCGAGCAGGGAGCCCACGGUGGCUCCUCGUCUCAUUCCAGGGAGAGCCACGCCAAGUUCAGGCACGGCUUGCUACAGCUUAUGAUCCACACGAUCGAUCCGCUCCACGACGGUCAGUCCCGCGCCGGCAAAGUGGACGAGAAAGCGACGCAACUGCACGCGAUAGCCUCGCUAAAGGUGCUGUUGGAUGCCACCAGGCCGCAUAACGGUGCCGCUACGUCGACCGCCGCCCAUUACUCAGGUGCAUCGUCGAAAGAGACCACCCUACAGCUACAGCAAGGCUCACAGGGCACCACCACGACCACCACUACGACAACGACCACGGCCGGCACCACCGCCGGCAUCCAAGAACUUCCCAAUGGCGGUAUAGCCGCUGGCCUCGACGCGGGCCUCGAUUCGGGAGAGGAGGAUGACCCCCCGGAAGCGUUGGACAUGGGGUGGCCCAGCAGUGCCAGGAAGAGGUUAACUUACAUUUUAGUCGCGCCAAUUCUAUUCCCUCUUUGGCUCACGUUACCAGACACGAGGACACCCAGAGGAAAGAAGUUCUUCGCGGUGACGUUCAUCGGCUCGAUCUUUUGGAUCGCGGCUUACUCGUACCUGAUGGUCUGGUGGGCGAAUGUCGCCGGCGACACGGUUCGCAUUCCACCGGAAGUGAUGGGCCUGACGUUCCUCGCCGCCGGCACCAGCAUCCCAGAUCUGAUCACCAGCGUGAUAGUCGCGCGGAAAGGAUUCGGCGACAUGGCCGUGUCGAGCUCGGUUGGCAGCAACAUCUUCGACGUGACCGUUGGGCUUCCGGUACCGUGGCUGCUGUACGGCUUGAUCUACGGAAGGCCCGUGGAAGUGAACUCGGUGGGGAUGGUGUGCAGCAUAGCGAUCCUAUUCUGCAUGCUGCUGUUCGUCAUCUUGAGCAUCGCCUGUUUCAAGUGGCGGAUGAACAAGGGCCUCGGGUUCACCAUGUUCCUCCUCUACUUCGUCUUCGUCGCCGUCUCGCUGAUGUUCGAGUACGAGUUCCUGGUCUGCCCGGUCUAGGAACGAGGAGCAACCGAGCAAGGUAGAGGUCCAACGAGGACGGUAGAUGGACGCACAUUUACGGGUCUCGUCAUCGUCAUUAUCAUCGUCGUCGGCGAGUGGUCCACGGCCGAUGAGAGAAAUCUUCCUCGAGCGCCGCAUCGAUCGAAAAGAGGAAAGAGAAAGACACGAUAACAGCCUUCCCGAAAUAAUUAUCGAAAACAGUGUUGAUGCACCGCAUCCCCCUUCCCUCGUUCCCUCAGAAUCUCGUUAAUCACCUCCCAAAACGGUUAAACGGUUAACACGUUACCCCAGGUUACGAAGCGUUUUUGUUCUAGUCGAGAUACGUGUACAUAUUGUAUAAACCUUGAAAUACCUGAAACAAAAUACUCGUCUCGUUAAGAAUUCCAGCGACCUCCUGUUCGAUGGAACAGUCGUUGCUGAAACGCAGCGAGCGUGUCUCUCGAUCGUGCCAACGAUUGCGCGAAGUAAUAUCGACUUUAUAUAAUAUAUCAUAGAGAGCGAGAGCGAAAGCGAGAGCGAAAGAGAGAGAGAGAGAGAGAGAGAGAGAGAGAGAGAGA